GACCUUCUCACGGUUACUUGAAUUAACUGUUAUGUUGAUGGAAAUAACUUGGACCACAAGGCACGCAGGGCGGCGCAAUACGGCUCGGCCAGUUGCGCAAGUUCGCGGGACUCGAUCGGAGUCAUCCCAAUACAAAGUAUCAACAGGAUUUCGAUAUGUUUGCAAUUAUAUACUUUCUUUGUUCUCUCCUAACGAGCUAUGCAGAUUUGACGCAAUAUGACCAGCGUCAAACAGGAGAUGUUAAUGUCCAGGUUGAUCUUAAAGACGUGCAAAUUUUUGCUGUUAUGAAAGGCGAUAAAGAGGAAUAUGUGGAUUAUGACUACGCUUACGAUUAUUCAGAAUUAACAAUAAAACCUCAAAACCGUACCACGCCUAAGCCACAUAACGGUACAGGUUCUACGACCGAGAAAAUUGUAACGAAACACAAUACAACAAUUAUCACAACGGUACUACAAGAACAUACAAUUGCACCCAUAAAUAAUGAAUUAACGACUUCAGGAUUGUCUUCUGGAACGAUCGUUCCAGAUAAAGAUGAAAGUACUACUACUGUAAGGAAUAAUCCUGACAUCAUUACUGAACAAAAUAUUGGGACGAUCAAAGAAGUAACAGUCGCACCCAAUCAUGGAUCUACCCGUAAAAAUUGUAGAAAAGGAUAUGUUUUAAAUCAAAAGGGGCAAUGUCAACUGAAAAUGAACACUACUGAAAAUGCGUUACUAAGGCUGGUUAAAUUGUCUCAAAAAUUGAAAUUGAGAAGACAGAACAAGAGUAAUGACAACAACUAAAAGUGUUUUUAUUGCGAAUA